UCGACAUCAGUCGUCAAAUCCGGCUCGAUAUUGGUUAAGGAAUUGAAAAAAAAUGUUUUAAAUGAAGCCAAUAGCGAAUUAAAUGUUUAUUUGCUUAGUCUCAUUUUGGAUCGUUUGUUGCCACGUGAAGCCAACACAGGCUCCUAAGACUGUUCAGUUUUUGAAGAAAAUCGGCGGGAUCUUUCUGGAUUUAUUCAGUCUUGGUGCUGAUGUGUUUGCCAUUAUAGAUAAUAAAGAUGGCGACAUCAAGCAACAAAUUCAAGAAUUAUCGGAAAAGCUUGACAAGGUACACAAAAGUGUAUAUGACCUGUCCAAUCAAAUAAAAGAUUUGUUUUACCAGGAGGAUUUGAAAGACAAAUUGGAAAACAUUAGACAAUUUCAACAGUAUAUUACAUCUCGACUUCGAGAGUUAAAACUGAUAGCUCAGAAUAACGGUACUGAACAAGAAACACUUACACAGAAGUUUAAAGAUAAUAUGCGCGACUCAAAUUUUGAAGACAGGCUAAACCAUUUUGCCGAGAAUAUGCACACCCUUUUCUCCGGGAAGACAAUAUUACAAAGCGUUGCUGAAAGUCACCGAUGCAACAUGUCACAUCAGCUAUUGUUUGCUGAUUACGUCCGCGAACUGUUGUACAGCGGAAUUACUGUUGUAACUGCUUUCAACACUCUGGCAUACAACUUUACACCGUCGGCGGCAAAAGAGACGUCUAGAGACUGGGAAGAACGUCUAGGUUCAUUUGAAGACGCAGCAGAGAAAACAAUAAUCGACUGUUCAAACAAAUUUCAGAAAUAUUACUUGGAAGAUAUCGAAGCAAACCAAUUAAAUAAAUCAGUCGGUGAUAUGUGCGCGACGCUACAUGCUCGAUAUAUUGGCAAACUGUUCCUGAUUGUUGAAAUGAAAACUACCGCAAGUAUUUUCAACACUCUUGCGAACGAAACUUUGCAGCAUAUGUGUAUCCAAAUGGAGUGUGGAAAACUACUGCGCUGUUUUACAUAUACGAAAUUUAAUGCAACCUGCGAACAAAGCCCCGCUUUGCAUUUGAGUAUGAAGAGUGAACAAGAACUGACAGCGGUUUGCACUACAGAGAAUUGGCCGGGACGUAUAUUAAAGUUUGGAACGGACGGACGAUUUGAUUGGUAUUCUACUCCAUACGUUUGUGCAGACGAAGGUCUGAACGGUACCAGUCGUCAUUUUAAACCCCAUGACGCAGCCCAAACAUUGAAGUUUGACGGGGUUACAUGCAAAACAAACGGGUGUGGUGUGUGGACAAAUGAUGUACUGUUGAACAUAUUUGUGGUUGCUUUGUUGCGUACCAUGAAUUGAAAAACGAAACAAUAAAGUUUUUACAGUAUAUUAGUGACAGAUUAUGAAAAUACGUCAAUCAAAAGAAUAGUGUACAUAGAAUGUGAUAUAGUACUGUUGUGUUUUAAACAGUUUCCCCAAAACUAUCCUAAACGAUCUAGAAACCAUAGGCAUGAUUGUUUAUGUACAUCAAUUCCUAUUUUUUUACAGUUAGUUGUUACUUUUAUUAUACAAUUUUCCUGCUUUAUUUUGAUUUGUUUUCUUGUUUGUUUACCAUUUAAUGUAUCAUAGUUUCAAUGAAAAUUGUAUUUUUUUUUCUGUUGCAUGUGAAUGCUCUAAAAGAAUUUAUAAAUGUAUCAGUACAUUGUUUCAUACAUCAUAGUUGACUAGAUUGCUCUGCUAACACAUAUGUUAAACAUAUCUUAAAUAUGCAUUCUUGCAUCACAUCCAUAUUAUAAUAAUUAAGCGGUUAUUAUGACAAUAAAGAACAUUAUCCCUGUGUUUUCAAUAAAUGCCAUAUACUAAUAUAUAUUAAAGACGACCAUUGCAUUCAUAUUUACUUUAUCCUCUCUUUCGUUUUAUCCCAAAGCUAUGGCAUUAUAAAUGAAACGAUUUUCAGAUGUUGUAUAUUUUACAUAUGAUGAUCAUGUUGUUGUAUACAUCGGAUUUGGAAAUAAAUCUUUCUAUCGAAGAAAAAGUCAUCUUAGAGAAUAAUAAGUUACUGUUUAAUGCAGGUAUUAAGUUCAUAUAGUUUUGAGUAGUUAAACAACGAGCCGAGGCAAAUGUUAAAUAUGUUCAGGCCUUGCCUGUAUUAUAUAUAAUAUUCGUCGUUUGAGUUAAGGAAUUAGAAGAAAAUAUUUUCCCCAAUGCAAUGUUAUGAACACUUGGUCGCACUGAAAGUGUGGACGAGGAAAUUGAGUGUAUUGUCGGUUUUUCGUCAUUCAGCUUUGGACAGUGGAACUGUAAAGACAAAGUUAAAAAGUUUAUGUUUGUUUUUGAUGAAGAAAAACAAAAUAGGUGGAUAUUGUAUAUGUGUAUGCAUGAAAUGUUUUUUUUUUCAUGUAGAUAACAUUAAUUGUGUUCAUAUAUAUUUGUUGAAUUAUUAUAUCAGUAUUGAUGUGUGUCGUGUUUGAUGCAGACAGUAGAAUGUCUAAAUGC